UUCAUUCUUAAGGCACAUCAAGUUGAGGUCGUGUAAACAGGUAAAUGACAUAGACACAUUGCCAGUGCUUGGGGGCGGGGGGCGUGUACACUUACAUGGAAGCUCUGGAAGUUCAUCAGUUACCUGGGCGCUUUGUCUCUUCCAGGUGGCUUCUGAAGUAUGUCUGCCAACAACAGUUCCUGCAAACCUAUACUGACACCCCACUUAACCGGGCUCUAUGGCGCAGUGCUCGUCGGUGGGCUGGUGGGCGUCAUCUCCAUUUUGUUCCUCCUCGUGAAGAUGAACACCCGGUCAGUGACCACCACGGCGGUCGUGAACCUGGUGGUGGUCCACAGUGUCUUCCUGCUGACCGUGCCUUUCCGCCUGACCUACCUCAUCAAGCAGAGGUGGACAUUUGGGUUGCCCUUCUGCAAAUUCGUGAGCGCCAUGCUGCACAUCCACAUGUACCUCACGUUCCUGUUCUACCUGGUGAUCCUGGUCAUCAGGUACCUCAUCUUCUUCAAGCGCAAGGACAAGGUGGAGUUCUACAGGAAACUGCAUGCGGUGGCUGCCAGCGCUGGCCUGUGGCUGCUGGUGAUUGUCAUUAUGGUGCCCCUGAUUGCUUCGCAGUACGGAAGUCUUGACGUGUAUGAUGCGCACAACUGUUUUAACUUCCACAAAGAGCUUGCUUGGACGUAUGUGCGAGUCAUCAACUAUUUGAUCGUCGCCGUUGUCAUAGCCAUUGCGCUGAUUCUCUUGGUCUUCCAGAUCUUCAUCAUUAUGUCGAUGGUGCGGAAGCUGCGCCACUCCUUACUGUCCCACCAGGAGUUCUGGGCCCAGUUGAAAAACCUGUUCUUUAUAGGAGUCAUCAUGAUUUGCUUCCUUCCCUACCAGUUGUUUAGGAUCUAUUACUUGUACACUGUGGCGCUCUCAAGUGACUGCAACAGCAAUAUUACAUAUUAUAAUGAAAUCUUCUUGAGUGUAACGGCGAUUAGCUGCUUUGACUUGCUGCUCUUUGUUCUUGGGGGAAGCCAUUGGGUUAAGCAAAAGAUAAUUGACCUAUGGACUUGCCUCUUUUGCCAUUAACCACACAAUACAGUGUUCAGGUUUACUUCCUUUACAUCAGGAGUGAAAAAGAGUAGAGGGAGGUAGGAAGGAUAUUUUAUUACUUCAUUAAGACCAUGCCUUGUGGCAGCCAAAUGAAAGGACUUAUUCAUUCCAGUCCUUAUUUAGUCCCUGCCAUCUCUAAAGGACACGCCCAUGCUGAGACUCCUGGUGUUCAGUCCACCUGCAGUUGCAACACGGCGUUGUUUUUCAAUGCACAGGGUCUCCUUGGCCCGUCCAAGCAUCCUGGGUGUAAUGGUUUCUGAGUUUUUCGAGUUUAUUUUAAUGUCCUGAGUCUGAAACAUGGUCUUUCCUUAAGCUUUGAACUGGACUCAGUCCUGUAGUUGGUUCUUUUCAUUCCAGGGAAAACCUUAGGUAAAUGAAUUCUUGGUGUGAGUCAGCUCCAAAGCCCAAGCUCUGCUUUGUUAACAAGAUAAGAUACCCGGUCAGCUCACACCCGGACAAAAGCAGGUAAGUGGCGGGGGAGGCCAGUAAGAAACUUUUCUGGACUAUCAUCACUUUGGUAGGAAGUCACUUAUCUGGAAAUGAAGAGAAACAGAACCCUUGGCCUUCCACUCUAAUAAGAUUAUCUAGACUUUUCCUUUGAAAGGUCAAGUUUAAGGACUUUGGUCAACUCCCUCAAUACCUCCAAAAAUAAUUUCAAGAAUUUACUAAAUAUAUAUAAAUAAUGGUAAGAGCAUAACUUAGAUCAAUCUGCUGCUAUGCAUUAAAAUGAGUUCCCAAAGGAAGUACUUUUUUUCCCCUUUUCUGUUUUUGAAUAAUUUAUAGAGGUCUUGGUCCACAGUUAAUUUACAUUUUCCUUGGAGACAGAAAGCUACGCUGAAAUCUUUGAGUUCUCUUCAACCCUUAAAGUUAUGGGUCUUUAAAUAAAUGAAAACAGUAUUCUUUAGAAUUUUUGAGAAAUAUGUAGAAAAAUCAUCUAUGAGAUUAGGAUGCUAAAUUAAAUACUACAUAAGCUUGUGAGUUUUCUUCCCUCCUGCCCAUAUUUCUACUAUUUCCCUCAAACUUUCAUAAUCUUGAAUCUUCCUAAGGAACAGAUCCAGUUUCAUAUUUAAUGCCCAGCAAACCUGAAGCAAUUCAUGGUAGGAAUAGAAGAAAUGAAUAAAUUAGGUCAUUUUUCCCCCCAGCGCGUUAAAUGUCCAGGAUUUAAAGGUUUUUCUUAAUUUGUUAUUCUACCUAGAUCCAUAAAUUUAUCAGAUGAAUAAGAAAUACCCGUGUGAGUUUCUUUGAUCACUAAAAUUACUGAGUCAUAGAAAUUAACUUUGAGGAAGACAAAGGAGCAACAUACUGCAUAUGUCUUGUUCCCAAAUUAUUUUCUGGUUUGUUUUUGUUUUUUAAUCCUCACCUGAGGAUAUUUUUCCAUUGAUUUUUAGAGAGAGAGUGGAAGAGAGAGGGAAAGACAAAAAUAUUA